CUUUUAUAUCACCCUGAGAAUUAGUUCGAGUCAAAUGGGGCGGAUCCAGCUCCUUAUUUUCCAAAAUCUUCUCUGGUUCUUCUUCUUUAAGGUGCUGUUUGCUCCAGAGAAGAGUGUGGAAAGGAGUUCCGAGUUCUGCUCAAAGUUUAUUUAUUUUUUUUCCUUAGCCGUCAGCUGGCAGAGCAAGCCUUUAUUCUGGAAAAGUUUGGAACUGAAAGGUACUGGCAGCUAUGGUCCACCUCAGUGUCACUCCUGAAGUCUCCCUUGCUGACUCGCCAGUGAAGAUUUAUGCCUCUGGUCUGGCGCCUGCCCAGCUUGUGACCCUACAUGCAUCACUGACAGAUGAAAGGGGAGUGAAGUAUACAGCCAGAGCCUUUUACCAAGCCAAUCAGAAUGGAGAAGUAGAUGUGGCAGAGGCCUCUGCUCUGGGAGGCAACUAUACAGGUGUGUGGUCCAUGGGCCUCUUCUACACUCUAAAGGCUGAGAAGAUGUUCCACAGGCUGCUCAAACGUGAUGUGACAGGCAGCCCCUUCUAUGUUCAGAUUAGUCUCUUUAAUUCUACUGUGAUUGUGCCCUUGCCCACGCAUGAACCACUGGCUACUUCCACUGUGGAACGAUGGUACGCAGCCCCCGGAGUGGAACGCAUCCCAAUUAAGUCUGGCCGGGUCCGGGGAGCCCUCUUCUUGCCUCCAGAUUCUGGGCCAUUUCCAGGACUGAUUGACCUAUUUGGUGGAGCUGGAGGACUAAUCGAAUUUCGAGCUGGCUUAUUGGCUAGUAAAGGCUUUGCAGUUCUGGCUUUGGCUUACUUUGCAUAUGAUGAUUUACCACAGACUCUGGAAGUAGUAGAUCUGGAGUAUUUUGAGGAAGCAUGCAGACUGCUCUUGAAAAAUCCUAAGGUAAGAGGUCCAGGACUUGGAAUUAUUGGUUUAUCCAAAGGAGCAGAAAUUGCAUUGGCCAUGAGUACUUUCUUAAAGGAAGUAGUGGCUUCAGUGUGCAUCAAUGGUCCAACAAUAUUGAGUACACCACUUCACUUUCAUGAUGUCAGUAUCCCUGGAGCUUCCUACUCAAGUGAGAAGCUUCUCAUUAAUGAAAUGGAAUUGGCAACCAUUUACUAUUACUUGGGACAUCCUCUGGAUGAAAAAUAUGAAGUGUCUACCAUUCCUGUGGAAAAGGCCCAAGGGCACGUCCUCUUUGUGGUGGGGGAAGCUGACCAAAGCUUCAAUAGCAGGGUGUUUGCUGAAGCAGCCCUGGCUCGAGAGAAGAAACAUGGGAAAAAUCAUUGUAGCCUGUUGUUUUAUCCAGGGGCUGGACAUCUGAUAGAACCCCCUGGAUCUCCAGUUUGCUUUGCCUACCCACUUCGGUUUUCUCCCUUGCCGAUCCAAUGGGGAGGGGAAGUGAAGCCUCAUGCUAAAGCCCAGGAGCACUCCUGGAAUGAGAUCCUGAAUUUUUUAAAGUUUCAUCUUGGGCCACUUCAGAAUAGCAAUUUAUGAUAAAAGAAAGGCCAGAUUGUUUAGCUUCCUUUUUUGGUUCACAAAUCAUCAUACAACAUAAUGUGAUUUGCUUGGAUUUGUCUUAAUGUGAUGUGGGAACUCAUUGUCAGCCCCAAGGAACCAAGAAGGACACAAGGAGCUACUUCAGAGUAUUUAGAGUGUUCCACUAUCUGGUCAGAACCAGUAAUGGGAUUCAGCCAGUUCGCAACACUUCAGCAGAACCGUUAGCUAAUUUUUUGUUGCCCAGGCCCAGAAUGGACUUCCGGAAGCGGCACCCACACAGAGAACUGGUUGUUCACGUAUUUGAAUCCCACCACUGGUCAGAACCUAUCCUUCCAUCCCGUCCCACCCCCAUCCCCUGCCAUCACAAUUGAUGACAUUUCUUGGAUGAGAAACAAAACGUUUUGGUCCUUCUUCCUCAAGGAAAAAACAGUCCAACUGCUUUUUGAAAAAGCACCUUUGAGACAACUAUGACCUGGAUGACUGAGAAUCUCUACAGGCAUUGAGCUAUUUCAGAGUGCUUUCUUUACUAUUGUUCACUGUUGUUUCUGUCAAUAGACAGACAUCUUUCCAGAUUACAGCACUUCUCUGUGUGACUAUUAGAUUUAUCCUGUGUGAACUACUAGGGAGAGUCUGCCUUUGCCCUUUUCCUACAUACUAAAGAUUCAAACAUCUUGUCUCUUUGCUCUCUCCUGCUAUUCUGGACUACAUCCUACCAUCCUCAGACUAGAUGAGAAUAUCCUUAUGACAUUUCAUGGAUUCUGUAAAGUACAUAUCAGAAAUAUAACUUUGUAGUAAAGGGCAGGUUUCUAUUUGUCGUGUGCUUCCAUAAGAUGGAUUGGUAUUUCAAUCAACUAUAAAGUGCUUAACUAUAAAAUGAAAUCAGUAAUGUUUUUUUUUCCUAUUCCUAUUCCCAAAGAAAUCUUCAACUAUCGCUAGGCUAGCCCACUUACUAUAUAAAUAACAAAAAAGGCUUCUCAAACAAAACCAAAGUUAACUGUUCAUAUCUUAUAUUAAAUUACAAAAAAAAAAAAAAAUCCCUCUGUGAAGCAAUGAGGGUUAGCUCUAUCACUCCCCUGGUGUCCCACAAAACUAAGUCAGUGGCUGCUUGACUCUGCUCAUUAAUAGUCUAGGGAAGUAUAGUCUAAUAAUGGAAAACAUAAUACAGUUUAGCUGUUACUGGCUUGCUAGAGCAGUAUCUUUUUUUCACCAGUUGGCAGCAGUGAGAAUCAGAAGAGAGAAGCAACUUUGUUUGGGUGGGUGAGAAAGAUCUGAUUUAGCCCACUGCUAGUGAGUGAAGCGGAGUCAAAUAUCCUGGUUAAAGGCA